UGAUCGGAUAAUCGUGGAUGGAAGCAAAUUACAUCUCAGAAAUGUUAAUCUGACCGAUGAGGGUGUCUAUCAAUGUGCUGUGGAAAACCAAUACGGUAUGAUUGUGUCUGCAACCUGGGUUCAAGUGAAAGCCUGGAAACCAUCCUUCAACAAUCGCCAUUUUGGCCCUUUUCACUUGCUUCAUGGCCAUGAGGGCAGAUUACACUGCAACCCAAAUGCAGAGCCUCGCCCAAAAUUUCAGUGGUUUGUCAAUGGAGUUCAGAUCUCAGACGGAGCCGUUAAAAGUCGAUAUAGGUUACUAUUAGACGGUACUUUGGUAGUAAAGACCGUCGAUAAAGACAAGGAUGCCGUAAACUACACUUGCAAUGCUGUGAAUAUGAUGGGCAAGGCUUCUGCAACGACAGUUCCAACAGUGCUGGUUCUACCGUUUUUCGUGACAAAACCUAGAAAUCAAACAGUGCUUGAGAAAGGAACAACGGCAUUCUACUGCAAUGCAAAUGGCCAUCCGCUUCCUAACAUAACAUGGGUCAAAGAUGGAGAGACAUUUGGUCACGGGAGCACACUGAGGUUUGAAACAACAUGGAGAGGACAGUCUGGAAGAUACUGGUGCCGUGCACAAAAUGGACUGAAUGUCGUUAUCAAUGCUAGUGCUUUUCUGAAUGUGCAGUUUCCGUCAUAUUUUCAAAGUCGGCCAGCUUACCAGUCUGUCCAAGAAGGUGAUGAGGCUUCUUUCCACUGCGGUGCCAUCGGCAACCCAACCCCAAAGAUCUCAUGGUUCAAAGACGGGAGAUCUAUCGGUACAGGAAACACAUUGAGCUUUGUUGCGUUCAGAAAUCGCUCUGGAGAAUACUGGUGUUCAGCUGAUAAUGGUUUGGGAUCGGCCAUCAACGCCAGCGCUCGACUAAAUGUACAGAUUAAACCUCAUUUAAUCACCACACCAAGGAACCAAUCGAAAGUUGAAAACAAACAAGUCACGUUCCAUUGCAAUGCCACUGGACAUCCAAUCCCAAAGAUAACAUGGACUAAAGAUGGGAGGACUGUGGGCACAGGAAGCAAGCUUACCCUAACCGUCUCUCGGGGUGACGCCGGAAGAUAUUGGUGUACGGCGGACAACGGUGUAAGUGCUGACGUUAGAGCAAGCGCUUAUCUCCGUGUCUUGUAUGUCCCCUCUCCGCCGAUUAAUGUCACAAUAACAGACUGUAAAAACUGGAGUGUGGAACUCCACUGGGUACGAGGCCCUUCAACUGAUGGUGCUCCAAUCACGCAUUACCUGAUUGAACAGGAAUCCGGUGAGGACCCUGUGGUUUUCAGCUUAUUGCACAACGUUAGCAAAUCGGAUGUAACGAGUAUGACCUUCAACAUAAGCUUGGGGACUUCGCCUCGUUUCCGCAUCAAAGCAGUUAACAAUGUUGGUGAAAGCCUACCCAGUUCAACAGUCAAAACAACUUGCCAGGGAACCAAGACUGACAUUGGUGCACGCCAGCCAGAGGUAAAAAAAACCCACAUUUACCAAAAGGCGUGGUUUCUCAUUAUGUUGGCCCUUAUUGCCUAUUUAGUUCUGAUUUCAGCGCUUGCCUUGCUCUUCAUAAGCUAUUACAAGGGAAAAGGGAAAAAAUACGAAGUUAGAAAACGCGAACGAAAACGCGGAUACACAGACGGAGCAAAAAAAUUGGAGGAAAACGUUGAAGACGAGGAAACAAACAACUUAGCGGAGAACGCUGAAAAGACACCGCUCGAGAGAAGACAGAAUCGAAACUCAAGGCCCGUCUCCAAUUCAAUCAGCUUACUUGAAUUGCAAUUCAGAGAAGACGGCUCCUUUACAGAGGAAUACGGAGGGGAAGAUGAUCUGUUACAGGGAACUUUUGUUUGAGGGACGCCAUACACUAGCUUAAAAUUUGUCACGCCAAAGGUGACAUGCCUUAGAAGAUGACUGCGUGACGUGACUAAUGAGAAAGAAUUGAAACUCUUCAGGAUUCUCGUGAAAUAGUGUUGUGUUACCAUCAAUCGGUGUGAUGGUGUAGCCACUUACAAAAGUUGUCCUGAGUUGUUCUGUUGGAGGCUUAUUCGUAUCAUCAAUUGCACAUAUAAAGUUUUACGAAUCAAAUGGAUUGAAGAAGAAAAGGUUAAAAAAAGAGUUUAAGUAAUCGAAAUAUUGCUUCGAAAGUUGUAACGUAUGAAAACUGAAAGGAUGAGUUUGUACCAUCCAUAUUUCUAUAGUUAAGUAAAUUUUGGGAGAUGGAUUCGUAGAUGAAUGAACGUCUUUCUCAAAGUAAAACAUUUUACUCUGAGAACAUCUUGAAGUAGAAAUGAAACGAGUAUCGAGCUGUCACAAAUUAUGAAAAAUCGAGAAGUAACACUGCAACUUAAAAGCCCGAUGUUAAGAGUAAAGUGGUAGCACGUAAAUAAAAGGAGAAAAAAAGGUUCUCACGUCCUAGUAUUAGAGUCCAAAGCCCAUUCAGGUGAGUCAGAACUUGCCAAAAACAAUUCUCUUCUAUGGGGUGGAACACGUGUUUGUUAAUGUUAGCACGUUUAAAUUGAAUUUGAAAAGAACAACCAGGACUGUUUUGAUUUUAAUUGUACAUAGAUUCCAAUAGGUAAAGAGGUUGUAUGCGUUUUAUCUAUUGUUUACGAAGGGCUAGUUGAAUUCAUAGUGUAAAUUGUCUUAAACAGACAACGCAUAUCAGACAAAAAUAUCCAGGAAACUUAGAAUGUUGUAGUUCACAAGUGACAACAGUUGGAUUAUUUAGUUGGCUGAUAAACACGGAAAGAAACAAAGUUAUGAGAGAAAUACAGAUAAAUAAAGUUUAACA